AUGGGCCAGAUUCUUUCCCAGCCAGAAACCGAAAAACACUCGGAAAAGGACAGCGACAAGUACCUUGCCUAUGGCUUGAGUUGCAUGCAAGGGUGGAGGAUAAACAUGGAAGACGCCCAUGCCACCAUUAUGAAUUUGAAGAAGAAAGACGGAAACGAAAGUGAAGGGGACGCAGACCACACGGCGUUCUUCGGUGUGUACGACGGCCACGGGGGCGAAAAAGCCGCUAUCUUCACCGGGUUGCGUUUGCACGAGUUGGUUGCCCUGACAGAGGCGUUUGCUCAGAAAGACUACGUCAACGCUUUGAAAGACGGGUUUUUGCUGUGUGACCAGGCGAUUUUGCAAGAUUACGAGACCCGCAACGACGAGUCUGGGUGUGCGGCCACGGCGGCCAUUGUGACUCCGUACCACAUUUACUGUGCCAACGCUGGUGACUCGAGGACGGUGAUGUCGCAGAAUGGGUACGCCAAGGCGCUUUCGUACGACCACAAGCCGUUCAACGAGGGCGAAAAGGCCAGAAUCUGUGCUGCGGGCGGUUACGUGGACGUGGGGCGUGUUAAUGGCAACUUGGCCUUGUCUCGAGGCAUUGGCGACUUUAUGUUCAAAAAGAACGAUGAUUUGCCCGCCGAGGAGCAGAUCGUGACAUGUUACCCGGACGUGAUCCACCACGCAAUUGAUUUUGCCAAAGACGAGUUUGUCAUCUUGGCGUGUGAUGGUAUUUGGGACUGCCUAAGCUCGCAGAACUGUGUGGAGUGUGUUAGAAGAGGCAUCUACGAGAGGAAAUCGCUCACGCAGAUAUGUGAGGAGAUCAUGGAGCUCUGUUGUGCUCCUACCUCUGACGGUCUGGGUAUUGGGUGCGACAAUAUGUCUAUUUUGAUUGUGGCCUUGUUGGACCACGCCAAAAACGAAACGUUGGAGCAGUGGUACGACAGGGUGAUUGAUAAGAUCAAGAAGCAGGAGGAACACGUCAAGGCCCACCCGGACCUGGCGGAGGCCGCCACCUACGAGUACGGCCCCAUUUCUCCUCCUUACAAUGACUUGUACAAGGAGAUCUUUGGAGACUUCUACGAAAUCGGGCAGCAAGCCAACAACGACACCCGUGGCGGCGGUGCCGGUCGUGACUCCAUGUUUGGCCACUCCAUGUUCGGGAACAUGGGUAUGCGCAACGGCGGCAAGGGCGGUGACGACGACGAUCUCGACAGUAACGAGGAUGACGAGAACGCUGGCCCUGCCGGUCCUUCUUCCAGCGAUGGCCUCAACAACGGCGCAAUCUCUUUACAGAAAUUGUUAUCGAGUAAUGUGAUCACCAAUGAGAAUGGCGUCAUCUACUUGGACACCUCAAGCGCCCAGUCGUUGUUGGCGUCCUUUGGCAUGCCUACAGGUGAACAGCUGGACGAAAAUGGAUCUGAAGAGGAUGACAGCGUGCACGAAAAACACAUUGAGGAGGUGGACGAAAGCGAGUCUGAGUCGCUGAACAAGACUAACGAGUAG